CUGAGAUUAAAAUAUCCGUUUUAUCAGAGAGUGUGUAUUUAUUGAUACCCCAUUUCAGCUUUAAAGUUACUUUGAAUAAAUUUGAUUACUGCUGUCCAUUUUCCUUUUCCUUUCUUUCUUAUAACUGAUCUUCUGUAUCCCUAGUGGACGCUAUUACUACCCUCUCGGAACAAGCAAUAAAAGAAAGAUGCCAGUUCUUCAUUUAUCAAGCCUUCGAGUCAAGGUUAAAGCGAGAAAUGAUAAACCUAUACAAAAAAUAUCCAAAAAAAGAAAGUCCAACAGAAGAAGUGCUUUUAAAAGACUUGGAGGAAAGGGAAAUAGCAAAAAAUAAUUUGCUAAAUGUAUACAAAGACGCAUCAAAAUUAUGGAAUCAAGUAAAUGGUUUGUUAGAAGAUAGCGAAGCAGAAAUGCUGGAUUGAAUAAACACUUAUGCCUUUUAUUUCAGACGAUACAAACCCAAGCACAAUCAUUACUCGCUUGCAAUUAUCUGAUGUUUACACAGAGCUAUACAUUCCUGUAAUAUUAUCAUGGCGUCAAUAUGUGGAAGAAAAUAAGAACAGAAUAUAUGGUCAGCUUUUUGCUGAUCAAAAGCUUCAAGCACAAAAGAAGGAAGUAAACACAGAACAACAACAACAACAAGCAAAGUGUAUAAAAAUGGUCACCAUACCUCUUUAGGCUAUUCUCAAAGAUGAUAACGACAGUGUAUUAAAUACUUUAAGAAAAGG